AUGGGGAAGAAGAAAAUGGCUCACAAACAAGCCUCCGGUAAAUUCACUUCCACCGUCCGUAAAGAAACCCCCAAAACACCACCGCCUAUUACAGAGCAGCCACCAAACCCACAACCACAGCCGCGACCACCAUCACCACAGGCUCCGACGAUGGUUUCUUUGAACGCACUGGCGGAGUUCCUCAGACAGCAGGACCCGAAUAAAGAUUGGGCGGCUGCGUUGGCAGGUUUUAGCCAAAUCGGAGGCCAAUCAAGCUUGACCGCAGAAACCCCGGUAGUACCAACCCCACCAACCUCCAUUCCACCUUCAUCAACAAUUCCACCAGAAAAGAGAUCUCCCUCGACGACCGCACCUUCAGAAUACUCGGAACCCUUCCCUCAUAUUGAACCAAUGGAUUUUGACUCCCUUUGCGCCUAUUAUGACUCAGAUCCAGCAGUGACCGAAGGGAAAAAAGGCGAAGAGAAGAGGAGUCGGGAGGAAGGAGAUGAAUCAGAGAGAACACCGGUAGUGGAAACCGUAUCCCAAAGAAUGGGAAGGGAGGAGAUAGAUCUGAACGAAACGGCCAGAAAGCAAGGCCUGAUGACUGAUGAGGAGUUUGAGGAGCUUUUGAACAAGGUGACCAGGAUGGAAGAUGGCACUGCCAAGAUGGCUGAGGGUCUGGACCUCGCAUCGGAGGCAGUAGGAGAUGGUGAAGAAGCUAGUACAAGGAAUGACCCAGAAGGCCUAGCCCACCAGCCAGAAGACGAGGUGGAAGAGAGGCAGACCAGAGAAGAAGAGCCAAAGUCAGUGACUCCCCAGCCAGAAGCAGGGGAGAGUGAUACACACAUCGAGAAGGAUGAGACCGUAGUACGAACAGAGGGGCCAGAGCCUGUGGCACCUCCGGUGUCGAAACCGAAGGCAGUUAAGAGGAAAUUGGUGUUGAAGAGCGAUCCUAAGGCGGAACGGCCGAAGCCGAAGAGAGUGUCGCAAAGAUGCCUAGGGAAAUGGACAUCCAGCAAGGCGAAAGCAAACACAGCAGCGGAUGCAGUGGAGGUUUCAAGUGAAGAAGAAAGGACUACUCCUACAAAACCUGGGGAGGAAUCCUUAUCAACUACUAACUAG